AUGUCGCUAGAUGAAGAAGCCCUCGAGGCAGUCGCCAAUGGCGGCUCGAUCGACCUGUAUAUUGUCUACGAAGUGUUCCCGAUGCCCCAGGCGCCUCCGAGCUCCUACAAUGCGCAGCCGUUCCACCCACCGUCGGAGCCCAUCGAAAUUCCAGAGAGCAGUAAUAAAGAGAAUGCCGCCCCCGAAGAACCUCAAACUUUUCUUCGUCCACAAGCAACGACUGGCUCGCCGCCUUCGAGCGAUCGCAUACCGGACUCACAGCCUCAGCCUUCCUCGCAGCAGACAAAUGACACCCUUCCACCUCCACUUGCCCUCCUCCUAGGCUCCAUCCGCUCAUCCAUCCAAUCCUUCUUUGUGGAGAAGCCCCCGCACACGGUUCAAAGACUUGCCGAGCUCAUUCUUCGCCCGACUGCCCACUAUCGAACCCUACCUGCGUAUCUGCGAGCUGUGGAUCGUGUUGUUUCUGUGACCAGCUGUGUUGAUGUAUUCCCUUUUAAUGGCCCGUCUAGCGCCAGUGCGCAGCCAAACGGGCUCAUGCAUCCUACCAACAGUGCCGGGACAUAUCUGGCACCGGACUACACAAGUGGCCUGGGAAGUGAUGAGUCGCUGGGGGGUGCUCUUCUUACUCCAAUUCCGUGGUUGACUAACGCUUCCUUUACUGGCGAGGGCGCAAAUAUAUUGGAAGGGCGUAUGUUGUCGCUGAAUGGCUUAAGAGUUAAUUUAUCAACUGGAGCUGACUGGUUUACAGAAGAACCCGCACCCAUACAGCCACAGCAAGUCGAGACCACAUCAACCGCCACAGCUGAGGGUGAAGAAGAGGCUAAGACGACUUCCGUGCCUUCCCCGCCAGCAGAGUCCCCUGAUGAGGUCCCUCAUGCCCGAGGCCCUCCCGUUCUGGGUGUCGAGGAUUUGGGAUUGCAAGAUGGAAAGGGGGUAGAAAUGAACUUGGGUGAGGAAGUUGUGCAGGAUGGCGCAUCGGAGCCGUCAGUCACGGAGGCCAACCAAGGAGCUGGCGAGUCAGGCCAUGCCGACAAGGACGGUGACAUCGUUCUUGAUGACACCAAACCCAAGGAGGAAACCAAAACAGAAGACACGACAGCAGCAUCAUCUCAAGCGGGCGAGGAGACCUCUGAGGCAAUUAGUGACCCUGAACCAGUGGAGGCUGAGAAGAAAGAGUAA